AUAUUCAAUUAUAUAUUUUAUCAAGUACAACAUGACGGAUGCGCGUAUACAGUUUAAAACCUUGAAGGGAUUUCCGGAAGCGGUGGAUAAAAUCGAAACACAGACGUUUUUGAAUGCGGCCAAAGAAAUUGUAACUGUCAUUGAAACCUUUGGUAAACUUUUUACGCCCGUUAUCAGUGAUAUGAAUGGCAACAUUAAUAAAUUAACUAAGGUUUAUGGCACGGAUGUACUUAAAUAUCAAUAUCUGGAGGAUAUGAUAGUUCUCAAUGUGAAUGUGGAUGAUUUUGCGGCAAAUGCAUUGCUCUGGUUGAAACGUGGCCUCCAAUUAAUUUGCACCUUCUUCGAGAACAUCUACAAUGAUGUACAGAACACCGAGGCACUCAAGCAGCAUCUACAAGAUGCCUACGAGCGCACUUUGAAACCCUACCACGGCUUUAUUGUCCAAAGCACCAUCAAGAUCAUCUAUAGCUGGGUGCCCACGCGCAGUCAGCUGCUGGGACAGGGUGAUGCACAGACGGAGAAUAUCGAGGUGCUGACCAAAUACUUGCCAACAAUGCGAGCGCAGCUCGACAGGAUCGAUGUGCUUCUCAAGGCGCACAAUUUAGAUGAUGUGCGCAAAGUGUGAUUCAAGUGAUUCGAGUGAUUUCAAAUGAUUUCGAGUCAUUUAAGUGAUUGCAAAUUAAUCGAGUAAUUUGAAAUGAUGCGAGUUAUUCGAGUGAUUUCAAAUGAUUCAUGUGAUUCCGAGUUAUUCGAAUAAUUUGAAAUGAUUUAAGGGAUUCUUGUGAUUCCUAAUUUGAUCCGAAACGAUUGCUUAGCCUGCUAGUCUAGCUUAUUCUAAUUACAUAAUUUUAUGAUGAUGUAUAAUACUAUUUAAGGCUCAAUGCCAAACAUAAACUCUGA